AUGUCUGAUAUUGACGAGGAUCUGUUGGCUCUGGCUGGUGCGGAUGAAGAGGAGGAUGAUGAGAGAGUUUUGACGUCGACCGUUUCAAAGAGAAGCAAGCAGUCCGAUGCCACUGCCUCCAAGAAGAGAAGGAUAUACGAGGGGAGUGAGGAGGAAGUGUACGAUGAUGAAGCUGACGACGUUGACGAAGAAGAAGACGAUUACAACCCGCAUGAAGUAGGAAACUAUGACACUGGAGAUGAUGAGGCAGAGAACGAGGAACAGAAUCCGUUUCCACUCCAAGGGAAGUAUAAAGAUGAGAAGGAUAGAGAGUAUUUGGAGUCUCUACCUGAAGUGGAGCGCGAGACUGUUUUGUUUGAUAGAUCGCAGACUAUGCGUAAAUACCAAGAGAGGAAGCUUUUCAGAGAGCGUAAGAGACAGCAGGAAGCCAAACCUACAAGAUCUUCCGGUAGAACUGCUCACUCGACGGGUCAUUCUGAUUUGAAGGCAUCAAAAUUAUCCCAGCUGAAGAGACAAAGAGACAAGAAACUGAACCGUCAACGCAGCGAUGAUGAAUACGAGGAGGACGAAGAAGAGGAAGAGGAAGACGAUUACAACGGAUACGGCGAUGACUUGAACGAGGAUGCCGAGUAUCAGGAGGAUGAGGAUGAGGAAGAUUAUAACCCGCUAGCCAUAAAAUCGAAAUACGAUGAACUUGAAGAGGAGGAAGACGAUGACGUUAAGUGGGCAGAGGAUAAUGACCGAGUGUCUGAGCUCGCCGACUUCAACAAGUUGAGGAUUGGUCGUAGUUUUGUCGCCAAGUUCUGUUUUUAUCCUGGUUUCAACGACCUGGUCAACGGGUGUUACGGGAGAGUCAAUGUUGGUGUCGAUAAACGUUCUGGCCAAACACUUUACCGUAUGGUGAAGAUCGAGAAAGUAUUUCUUCAGAAACCUUACAAUAUGGGUAAAUUCUACACAAAUCAGUAUUUUGGUGUCACUCAGGGUAAAGACAGGAAAGUGUUUCAGAUGAACUUCUUCAGUGAUGGGCAUUUCACACAGAACGAAUACGAGAGAUAUCUACGUUCAUUGGAGACAGCGAAUAUAUCCAGACCAUCGGCGCAUAUUCUUUCCAACAAGUCGAAGGAAAUCGUCUCAUUCAUUACUGAACCAUUGACAGAGAAAUUGACCGAUGAAAUAGUACGCAACAGAAUGUUGUUCAAUAAGAAGCUUUCGGGUACCAAUGCUGUUUUAGAGAAAACCGUACUGAGGAGUAAAUUGCAGUACGCCCGGGAGAGCAAUAAUGAAAGGGACGUUGCAAAAUAUUCUGCUCAACUGAGAAACUUCGAGAAGAGGAUGAACAAUUACGAAAAACAUCAUGAAAACGACCACACCGGUACUAAGAAACUUGGUGCGCUAACGUCUAAGAACAGGAAAGUCAACAUGGGCAAAACUAAAAAUUACGAUCACGGUAAGAAAGAAGACAGUGCUGGUCCCACAGUGGAUUCCAAGAGCGAUCCCUUCAGUAGAUUGAAGACUCGGACGAAGAUUUACUACCAAGAGGUGCAGAAGGAGGAGAACGAAAAGGCGAAAGCACUGGCGCAACAGAAGGAGAUAGAGAAGAAUAAAGAGGCUGAUGAGCGGAAAGAAAAGGAACUGCUACUAGCCCAAUUCAGAAGACUAGGUGGUUUGGAGAAUAUGAUAAGCAAGAUCAAUGUGAAUUUCGACAUUGAUCUAUGA